GCAGUUCCCUGGGUGCUUGAUUCGUUAAUGGCUCAAGUCAAGGCUCAAGGGGAAAUAACAGCUUCUAUGCAGGAAAUGAUGUCAGUUUCAGGACUGUGCUCCUAUUGUUAUCAUUCAACGACAUUGUGAACGACUAGUGAGUUAUGCCAGACAUUUUAGAAGCAAAUAAUCCAGAACGACACAAGCCUUAACUGUUAAAGGGUAAUGUUAUAAUUCGAGAUUGCUGUGAUCCUAAUGUUGUGAACAUUGCAAAAGAAUUGUGACGUGCACCAGCCAGUUAACAGACAUGAAAGACUAUUGGGACUACCACACAGGUUUUGCGAAAAAUGUCAAGUUGCACUCGAUGCAAUAAUGUGGUGACGAAAUACAAGAGACAAAGUACUGACAACGAGUUACUUUCAAUCCACACAGAGCGGCAAAUAUAUUUACCGAAGUCACGAGAAAAGAAAAAAACACGUGACGAACUUCUUAAAAGACUUUCAGCGUUACGCAACAGUGGUGGUGGUGUUUUGUUGAUUCAUGUAAACGGAACAAGAGCUGGGGACAGAUGCCUGAAGUAUUUUGACGAGUUUGUCGGCAAUAUAGUGACCCGCUUGCUGGAACCCGGAGAAGUAUAUGCCAACACCUACAGACGUCAGUGGUUACAGGAUAUAUUGGAUGACAGUGCUGGAUUUAUUCAUAUACGCGUUGCAGCUGUGAAAGGUGUAGCUACUGUAGAUUUCAAUACAAAGCUUGGCAAGGAUUAUGAGAAUGUAAUUCCCACAACACAACAACUACUCACCGUACGAUCACAUAUUCUCAAAGCUACUGACCCUGUACUUAGAAAUCUACCACCUGACAAACAACAGUUACAUGAAGAUAUUCACAUUCAGUUAAAAGGCUUUCCACCACCACAUACCCUAACUGAAGCAAUACAGAAAGAUGCCAACGACUUUGUGGAGUACCUGUGGAAUAAGCUUAAAUUAAAGGAUAGCAUAACUUCUAUGUCAAAGAUUCCUGAAGGUGGAUCCUUCUAUUUUGGAAUAGGUGAGAAGAGUACACCUGAGACUGACACAUAUAAAACAAUUAUUCCAGAUGUACAUGGAUUUAAGUUAAAAGUGGGUGAGGGAGAGUUUAAGAAAACACUCAAGUCAAAGCUACAAAACUGUGUACUAUGGGGUCGAAGUGAGAACACUUUCACUGAUGUCCCUUCUGAUCUGAUUGCUAUUGCAUUUCACCGAAAGCCAUUUGAUCCUCGGAAAUGUGUUCUAGAGGUGGCUGUGAAGUGUGUUGAAGGUGUUGUGUUCUGUGACAGCCAUGGACCUAGAACAUACGUGAUAGAAAAAGGACAAAUUUGUAGAAUGAAAGAAGAUAAUUGGUCAGAAGGAAUAUUGAAAACUCAUACAAUUCUUAGAUGCUAACUCUGUUUUGAAAUCACCUGAAGCAGUUUGUUCCCAACAUGUCCGGAGAGAACAGUGAGUCCAAGGCUUCUUUGGGUUACAUUCAUCAUUCAAAGGGUACACCAGGGGAUAAUCAUGAAGUCCAGAUGGCUCAUGAUGAAGCAACUGAUGACAGCAGUUCUCUUGGAUCGAGUCCAUAUCAGUCUGAUGAAGAAAUCAUCAUGAGUCUGUUUGCCCAAGUAAAUGACUCCACGUCAAGUUCUGACGACCAGGAGCCACUUCAUGCAGAUUUUCCCUCGGUGGGAAUUAGCAGAGACGAACGAAACUUAAUACUUGAUCAGACAGACCUCAAGAGGGAAACAGAUCCUGGUCACAGAAUAUUUCCCCAAUCUGCUAAGAAGUAUUUGGAGCAUCUUGUUACCAGAUUAAAGGUGAUUCCAGUAGAAAUCAGCGACCAACAAGUCUUUUAUCAGAGAGACCCCAAGAGGGCAAGAGAUCCUGGUCACAGUAUAUUUCCCCAGUCUGAUAAGAAGUAUGUGGAGCUUAGUUUGCAGAACCCCGGUGACAAAGUAGAAGUGAUUUCAAGAGAAAUCCAGAAUGUUCUACACCAACAUGUUGGUUGGGCCUACAUAGCACAUCAGAUGGCUCAUACUGAAUGUCGCAAACUACCUACCAUGUCCAUCUGUGACGUGGCUAUCAUUAGAGCCACACAGCCACUGCACAUCCUGACAUUUGUAGAGGACGGAGGCAAACAGGAGCAUGCAGUGGAGUACAAUGCCCAGCUGACGAGAAGCAUCAUGGGUUUCAUCAAGAAGGAGACAGGUGUGUCACUUGAUGUCGUAUAUGGAGUUGUACCUGCGUCCACGUGGAAGGAUGAGAAGAUGUUUAAGGAGAAGCUAGAGCGCUUAGAAACUGUAGCCAGACGGAAGGCCUUACCUGGAUACCUCCACAUGGAUACCGAGAGAUACACAGCCAUAACCAAGGCACUCGCUGACCUUUAUAGUGAACCAGGGGUGAAGGACCAGCUUGAGAGCGAGAUAAUUAUUGAAUCCCUUGAUCGUGACGGAAAAGCUUAUCUCUUGGGCAAAUUUCUAAACCAAAGUGAAACAGAUUCUGGCCUCGGCCAUGAUAACAAGCAAGAAAGGAAGAUAGAGACACAAGAUGCAGAAGAUUCAGUUGGCGAGAACGAGCAAUAUCGAUGGGGACCUGCAGGGGACCUUAUCUGGACGCGUGAGGAAUACCAAAGGUUGCAGAAUGAAUUUUUGGAGCCGCGGUAUAACAGUGCAGGCAAGCUAUUGAAGCUGAAGAUCCUGCUGUUUGGACCAACUGGCAUGGGUAAAUCAUCUCUUGGUAAUGGGUUUAGGACAGCACUCCUCAACAUGGAGCAUCCUUCAAGUUACCAUGCUGUGACAUCUGAUCCAGUAUCUCUCUCCACUGGUUUCCAAGGAGCUCUCUACAAGAAUCACUGGAUAUUUGACAUGCCUGGUAUAUUCGAGUCACCCGACAUUUUAUCUUCGAAUAUCAUCAGUAUUUUGUCAGGGAAAGUUCCAUUUAAAGCCGAGAUUGGGAAGGGUCUUGUCAUGAUGAAUCAAACCUUCAACAUGCCCCAAGACCACCACGUCUCCUGUGUGGUUGUAGUUCUGCGACAUGAACAUGGGGACUUUGGAAGGGAAAUCCAGAGACAGCUAGAGUGCGUCCGAAAAACUGUCGCCAAAGGAGACACAUCCAUCCACCUGGUCCUCACCCACCUUGAUGAGUGUGACCACCAGUUUCGUGACAGAGCCAAUCUGCCCAACUUGUACCUGUCGAGUAAAGUACAGGAAGCUGUCAGGUUGAUGUCAAAGAAGACUGGCGUACUCCCCUCGUUUAUCAGUUUCGUCAGGAACUACUUUCAGGAAACAGACGCGGAUGUGAUCUCUAAACUCCAGCAUCUCAGGGUUCUUCAGAGAAUCCUGUCCAGCUGCGUGGACCAAGAAGAGAAGAAACUCAACCAAGAGCAGCAAGAAAGAAUGAACAGGGAAAUCAGCAAACAUGAUCAGAACAGACGUACUCUCGGUCCUCCUACCUAUGGGAGUGUUAAAGCAAUGUUGGCCGUGUUACUUAUGGCCUUAAUGGUUGCAGUCAUGAUCAAACUUUGCAACCUUCCUCCACCUGCAUAGACAUACUGAGAUGUUGUAUACGUACUGAUUAUCUUUCAAGGUGUUGUUGUUGUCUUUACCUAACGCAGCACGCGGCAAUAGUUUAGCUGUAUGACGUUGAUCUUACAGUGUACGUAAGGCAAAACGUUGAAAACAUACAUGUAUUGAUGUAUAUUAAUGCUUACGUAGUGUAAUCUUCAGUGUAAUUGCAAACUGUUCCACUGUUAUGACCUCGAUUUGAUGCAAUUGUUUGAUAGGAAUUACUUAGAAGUUGACGGAUGGCAAGAUAGACACAAUUCUAUUGAUAACAAGUUCUUUAAUACUGUGAAAAGCGAC